UGCUUCAAGAUAACACACUAUGACACAUGGUUGAUGACAUUUUUUAGAUAAAGUGCGAACAGUAUCAAGUCUAAAGUGCAGAGGAGAUAGUGGAGACAAACACUCGAGACAAUUACGGGGAAAAGAUCAAAGGAGAAGGAGGAGAAUCACCAUUAGAACAACAUAUACCAAAAAUAGUGCGAUAGAAAAACACUCAAGACACUGAAGGGGAAAAGAUCAAAGGAGAAGGAGGAGGAUCACCAUUAAACCAACACAUACCAAAAAUAGUGCGAUAGAAAAACACUCAAGACACUGAAGGGGAAAGGAUCAAAGGAGAAGGAGGAGGAUCACCAUUAGAACAACACAUACCAAAAAUAGUGCGAUAGAAAAACACUCAAGACACUGAAGGGGAAAGGAUCAAAGGAGAGGGAGGAGGAUCACCAUCAAACCAACAUAUACCAAAAAUAGUGCGAUAGAAAAACACUCAAGACACUGAAGGGGAAAAGAUCAAAGUAGGAGAAGAGGAAGAUCACCGUUAGAGAAGCAACACAUACCAAAAAUAGUGCGCAAGAGAAAAAAAGAAAAAAUAUACAGUAGUGGAUAAAGAUGAAGAUAAGGAAAGAAGUGAGAUAAGUGAAAAGAAAUGACCGGCAUCUUCUAAAAUGAGUGGAUAGGAUAAAUGGAGUAAAAAAAUGCAUAUUAAAACAGAAAAGGGAGUUUAUACAGCAAAAUAUCCACUUCAACCCACCACAAAUAUGCUUCUCACAAUACCAAAGCUUCUAACAGCAUACCCAGAGAAGUGAAGAUUAAAAAACAGAAAAAAAAACACACACAUCAACCUGUCAACUCCACUACCUACCAUAAGUUCAUCUCAAUACAAGGAAAAAUAUAACCAGAAAAAAAUACAUUCACUCCACUACCCACCAAAAUAUGCUUCUCACACAACCGCGACUCAUAACACCACACCCAUCACUCCUCCACCUCCUCCUCCACCUCCUCCUCCUCCUUCCACACACGACUCAAGCGGGGGACAUGCAGCGUGAAGAGAUACAGAGGUGGAAGGCGGCCCUCGCUGCUGCGGCAAAAGUCCCCGAGUACGACCAAACCCUGUGGCCGGCUAUUUACGAGGAGAGGAUCGUCACUCAAUCUGCAUGUGAAGCCUCUCCUGACCCUGAAGCCGAGGAUGAAUGCUCGCACUCUGGCAGCUGGUUCGGGAGUUGGCUGCGAUGGUGCCCGACUUCCCUCAGUCUCCUGCGGGAGGCCGAGAAGGUGCUGCUGUCAAACCUGAAGAGCAGCUACCGGGGCUGGUACGUGAGUGUGGGGUGUGUGGUGGGCAGCCAGGAGUCGCACGUGUGGACGCUGAGCUUCAACGAGGAUUCCAACAACAUGCCGCUGGUCCUGCUGCACGGGUUUGGCUCCGGCGUGGGCCUCUGGUGCCUCAACUUCGACUCAUUUGCCGCACACCGACCCGUCUACGCCAUCGAUAUUCUCGGGUUCGGCCGCAGCUCCCGGCCCGGCUUCACCAAGGAUCCGCUGGAGGCCGAGAGGGAGUUCAUCAUGUCCAUCGAGGCGUGGCGAGAGAAGGUUGGCCUCGAGAAGUUCAUCCUCCUCGGACACUCCUUCGGGGGCUUCCUGGCGGCCUCCUAUGCUAUCAAACACCCAGAGAGAGUCCAUCACCUGGUGCUGGCUGACCCCUGGGGCUUCCCGGAGCGGCCGCUGGACGUGGGUGAGCGCUACAAGUUCCCGCUGUGGGUGAAGGCGGUGGCGGCCAUCCUGCAGCCCUUCAACCCACUCUCUGUCAUCCGCACCGCCGGCCCAUGGGGCCCCAGGAUCCUGAAGAACGCGCGACCAGACCUGAUCCGCAAGUUUUCCGGGAUGGUGAAGGACGCCGAGGAGGUGAUCCCCAACUACCUGUACCACUGCAACGCCCAGAACCCAAGCGGAGAGUCAGCCUUCCACACCCUGAUGGCCGGCUUUGGGUGGGCCAAGUACCCCAUGAUCCAGCGCAUGGACUCCCUGCGUAAGGGUCUGCCUAUCACCCUCAUCUACGGGUCACGCUCCUGGGUGGACCACGACCCGGGCUUCCAGAUCAAGUAUAUGCGCCGCGACACCUUUGUGGACGUGCAGGUCAUCCAAGGCGCUGGUCACCAUGUGUACGCCGACCGAGCCCAGACCUUCAACAACAUCAUCAACACCUUAGGCUGGCACUCCGACAACGGCACGCUGCCCGAGCUGGAAUCCGAGCCCAGCGAGAACCCCGAACCCGGCACCAGGGACGUGGCGAUGACGAUUACGAGUAUGAUCAAUGUGCGGAACGACACCACGAGGGACGAGGCGACGGCGGUGACAGACUUGACGAACACAGCGGAAUCGGAUGACCACCUGAAUUAGGGUGUGUGUGGAUGUAUAGAUUAGUGUAUGUCUGUGUGUGUGUGUGGAUGUAUGUAUAUUUAAUUUGUUAGUUUUGUAUAAUUAUUUCUCAUUCGUUUUUAUCUAGAUUGACAAGAUUGUUCCUUUGAGAGAUUAUAUAUAUAUAUAUGUGUGUGUGUGUGUGUGUGUGUGUGUGUACAGCCUGUUUUCUAAGUAUGUGUGAGUCUGCAUGUACAGUAAAUCCCUGUGAUAUCGCGGUUCAGUUUUCACGGUCCCAGUAUUUCGCGUGUUUUUUUCUCUAAGACCUAUUAAUUUUGAUAUCGUGUAUAUUUUCGCCAUUUCACGGCAUUCCAUAGCAUUGUUUAUGAGUAUAAAUCUCGCGCGUCACGAUAGAAUGGCCGUACGUACCGAUUCAGCCAAUCAGAGCGUUGGUAUUAUUUUCUCGGCCACUGAAUGGCUGUUGUGUCCUAGAAGCAUCUCGCAGGGAGAGAAACUGUUCGCCUUGUUCUAUCUCAGUUCCGCGUGUCUCCCCACAGUGUACGGUGUUCCGCAUAACAAGGAUGACACCCAAACGCCCAUCAUCUAAGGCUUCUAUUGAGCCAAAGAGGAAGAGGAAGCCCUAUCGAUUCAGGAGAAGGUGAAACUUCUCGAUAUGAUAAAGGAAGGACAGAGUUACGCUGCCGUAGCCCGCCAUUACGGUAUGAAUGAGUCAGUGGUUCGCUACAUCAAGAAGGAUGAGAAGAAUAUCAGGGUGUUUAAAUGUGUUUCUAUUGUUUUAAAGUGUGUUUAAAGACCUUGAAAUGCUUUUAAAAGUACUGUAAAAGUUAUAAAAACAUGCCUAGGGUGUAUUUAAAUAGAGUAUAUUUCUAUUUUUGCGGAUUUUCACUUAUCGCGGGCGGGUCUGGAAUGUAACCCCCGCGAUGGAGGGGGGAUUACUGUAUUGAUAUUUUGUACAUUCUUUUAUUUCCUAUCUAGAAUUACAAAACUUUUCCUUUGAGAGAGUGUUUGCAUGUGUGUGUGAGAGUGUAUGCAUAUGUGAGUGUGUAUAAUUCAUUUUCUACGUGUGUGUACCCAUGUGUGUGACCGUGAUGUAAAACCUGCCGCUGUAAUGCCAUGAGGUCCAGCUCCGACACAACACAUAUCACGCAUGUAGGAACGCUGUCUGCUGCUUCAAGGGCACACUCACCAUUUUACUUACACCGCCCCAUCAGGCAAAACGCUACUAUAGAAACGGAAGGGAAAUCUUUUUUUAUGACUAAUUAUAAUGAUUGAUCGAACGUACCCUUCAUGGAGAGGAUUCAAGUCAUGUGUGUUUGUGUGAUGGUGAAGCUGUGAGGAGUCUGGGGCAAUUGGUUAAGCCUUGAGAGUGUUGAGGGAUAUACAGUAACGUUUAUAAGCAAUCUGUAAUGUAUUAGAGAGUUGGGAUAUUCAGAGUUUACAGUCAAAUCAUGUGUGUGUGUGUGUGUGUGUGUGUGUGUGUGUGAUGGUGUAGCUGUGAGGAGUCUUGAGGCAUUUGGUUAAGACUUCAGAGCGUUAAGUGAUAUACAGUAAAGUUUAUAAAGCAUACUGUAGGGUUUUAAAGAGUUUGCAUCUUCAGAGUUUAUGAGGCAAUAUCAGGGAGAGUAUGGGUGAUAGAUUGUGAAGCUGUGAUGAGUCUGAGGCAUUUGGUUAAGACUAGAGUGUUAAGGGAUGUACAGUGAUGUUUAUAAAGCAUACUGUAGGGUUUUAAAGAGUUGGGAUAUUCAGUGUUUAUGAGGCAAUAUCAGGGAGAGUAUGGGUGAUAGAUUGUGAAGCUGUGAUGAGUCUGAGGCAUUUGGUUAAGACUUCAGAAUGUUAAGCAAUAUACAGUAAAGUUUAUAAAGCAUACUGUAGGGUUUUAAAGAGUUUGCAUCUUCAGAGUUUAUGAGGCAAUAUCAGGGAGAGUAUGGGUCCUAGAUUGUGAAGCUGUGAUGAGUCUGAGGCAUUUGGUUAAGACUUCAGAGUGUUAAGCAAUAUACAGUAAAGUUUAUAAAGCAUACUGUAGGGUUUUAAAGAGUUAGCAUUCUCAGAGUUGAUGGGAUUGGAUGAGCAUCGGGCAUAAGACAGUAGAAUGGAGGAGAGCCAUAAAGCAUCCAAGCGCUCAGGAAGAGUGAAAACGGACAUUAAAAGAAAUUAUGAUGAUUAUGAUGAGUUUAUGAGGAAUGCUUCAAAGUGUAUUGUCCAUAUGCUCAGAUGCUUUCGGCUUCAACAACAACUAUUUCCCAAAGCCAUUAAGUAGAUUAGUCAGGUUCUCGUAAGCGCUCUCUCACAUUCAUGGUGCAAAGGCCUUGUCAAACUAUCACUAGGCUCAUUACACUACCAAUACAGAUACUCACAACAACCAAAGGCUUAUCAAAUGUGUAUGUGUGUAUAUAUGUGUGUGUGUGUGUGUGUGUGUAAGCCCUGAUAUCUUUGAGAACACGAACCCAGGGUAGUGAGAAUGAGAGGGAGUUGUAAAUGGGAAAGGUUUUAAGAGUAAAGAAAAAUCAGGGAGCAUGUGGCCAAACCUUGAUGUUAGGGCAAGCUGAAUUCAGGGAGUAAAAGAUCAGGAUUAU